GUGCUCUUGUUUUGCAUAACUGCAUCGCUCUACAUGUUCUUCUUCAGGAGCAAAGAUGGUCUCAAAGGCUUUGCAUUCUCUGCAUUAAAGUUCAUCAUUGGGAAAGAAGAGAUUCCAACUCACUCUGUCACGGCUGAACACAGCUGCACAAGGCCCAUUGAGAGGACAGAAGCGGAGGAUUCCCCAGCAUCAGCAGACAGGCCCAGCUCCAGGAGGAAAACACUGGUAGCCUACACCAGUGCACUGCUAGAAUCAAUAUGCAAAAAAGGUCCAAGACACAGAUGUUGUAAACAUUACCAGGACAGCUGCAUUUCCUACUGUGUUAAAGGUUUUGUCAGGAUGUUCAGUGUGGGCUACCUGAUUCAGUGUUGUCUUAAAGUGCCCUCAGCAUUCAGGCAGAUGUUCUCUAAACCCUCACGGCUCCCCUCCCUCUUCUACAACAAAGAGAACUUCCAGCUAGGGGCCUUUCUAGGAUCUUUCGUCAGUAUUUACAAGGUACGUGUCACAUUUUGUUCUAAUUUUAUUUUUGUAUGACAUCUUAGCUGUUUA